AUGGCACCUAGACUUCCUCCUCCUCCACCACAGACCAAUGAACAUGAUGUGCCCAAUAACACGAGGCUGUUGGAAUCUGUGAUCGAGAAGCUACAAGAGCAGAAUGCUGUUCUGAUGCAGCAGAACGCGACUAAUUCACAAAAUCUCGAAGCUGCUCGCGCCAAUUCUGAAAUGACUCAGAGGCAACUAAUGGAGAUUCUUGCAGCUACUAGGGGUACGCCGGGAGCAUCUACUUCGAAUGCUACUCAUCAGGUUGAGUGGACUUUGGAGAGCUUUUUGCAGCAUCGCCCUGCAAGGUUCGAUGGGAAGUGCCUUCCUGACGGAGUUGAUCAAUGGAUAAGGGACAUGGAACAGAUCUAUGAUGCCAAGGAUUGUCCAAACGAUCGAAGACUGGCAUUCACUGAAUAUUUAUUGACUGGAGAGGCCAGUCAUUGGUGGUCGACUGCGAAGAUGUUGCUAACGGAAUCUCACAGCCCUAUUUCCUGGAAAGUCUUCAAGGAGAAGUUUUAUGAGGAGUAUUUUCCAGAUAGUGUUCGUUUCGGCAAAGAAGUGGAAUUUCUCCAGUUGGUGCAAGGUAAUAUGUCUGUUUCUGAGUACACCAACAGGUUCAAACAUCUGGUCCGUUUUCAUACCCUUGCCACCAGUGAAGUGUGGCAGUGCAGGAAGUUUGAAAAUGGACUGAGAAGUGAUCUUAAGGUAUUGAUAUCCAGCCUCUGCAUUAAGUCUUUUCCUGCCAUGAUUGAGAGAGCAAAAGUGUUAGAGAAAAAUGUGGCUGAAGCAGAACGAUUGAAGAAGCAACAACCACCAGCUAGAGGGCCGAUCAUGUCCAGGCCGAAUAUGAAUCGGAACAGGUUGCCGUAUGCUCGUCCAGCACAACCAUCAAAUUCUCAAGCUAUGGUUGUUGCCGGACAGUCUGGACAGCAUGGAUCAGUCAGAUGUUUUAAGUGUGGAGGACCACACUACCGAUCGUCGUGUCCUCUGUUGGAGGGAGCAAAAUACUGCACUCGCUGUAGAAGAAACGGUCACAUGGAGCACGAGUGUAAUAUGGGCGGGCGUGCAGUAAUGAGGCCGCCAAAUGUCGGAAGGAUGCAACAGAAUCGGGGUGGAAGAGCACAAGCGGUUGGUCGUGUUUAUGCUAUAACAGGCGCCGAAGCUGCCAGUUCAGGUACGCUCGUCACUGGUACUUGCUUAUUGCAUGGAAUGCCUGUUUGUGUGUUGUAUGAUUCGGGGGCAACACACUCCUUCAUUUCGAAGGCGUGUGUUAAGAAAUUGGGAUUAGCCGAACGCGAGAUGCAGUUCGACUUGGUAGUAUCAACCCCAGCAGCGGGUGAGGUUAGGACGUCUACUGUAUGUGUUAAAUGUCCUAUAGAGGUUGAAGGACGUAAUUAUAAGGUAAACCUCAUCUGCCUACCCCUAAAGGAUUUGGAAGUGAUCCUAGGAAUGGAUUGGUUGGCUGCCAAUCGCAUUCUCAUUGACUGUGGUGCUAAGGAAUUGGUGUUUCCGGACGAGUACGAAGUAGAGCUAUCAGUAACGCUCGGUCAGCUAAAGGAAGACAUCGUGGAUGGUGCUAGUUGUUUUCUGAUCAUGACGCAUACGGACGAACGACUUGAAGGUUUGAAUCAUGAGCAAUCGUCCAGUAAGUCGAGUGGAGAACGAUCAGUCGUGGAUGAAUUCCCUGAUGUAUUUCCUGAUGAAGUGCCUGGAUUACCUCCUCCGCGCGAGGUGGAAUUUACUAUCGACCUAGUGUCGAAUGCUGGACCUAUCUCUAUUGCACCCUAUCGGAUGUCGCCAGCAGAGUUAGCUGAACUCAAGGAACAGAUUGAGGAGCUAAUGGACAAGCAGUUUAUCAGACCAAGCGCAUCACCUUGGGGAGCGCCAAUUCGGGUGAAGGAAGAAGACAUCCAGAAGACAGCCUUCCGAUCUCGUUAUGGACACUACGAGUAUGUAGUAAUGCCAUUCGGUGUGACAAACGCCCCAGCAAUAUUUAUGGAUUACAUGAAUUGUAUCUUCAGGCCGUAUCUAGACAAGUUCGUGGUUGUAUUCAUUGAUGAUAUUUUGGUCUACUCCAAGAGCUAUGAAGAACAUGAGGAUCAUUUGAGGACUGUUCUGGGCAUACUAAGAGAAAAGGAGUUGUACGCCAAGUUCUCUAAAUGUGAAUUUCUGAUGAAGGAAGUGCAGUUCUUGGGACACAUAGUUUCAGCUGGAGGAAUAUCAGUGGAUCCGGCAAAAGUAAGAGCAGUAUUGGAAUGGGAGAGUCCACGUUCAGUAACUGAAGUUCGUAGCUUUGUGGGACUCGCGGGCUACUAUAGACGGUUCAUUGAAGGGUUUUCCAAGAUAGUAGCUCCGUUGACUCAGCUGACAAGAAAAGAUCAACCGUUCGCUUGGACCGAUCGGUGUGAAGGAAGUUUCCAGGAAUUGAAGAAUAAGUUAACGAGCGCCCCGGUAUUGGUCAUUCCUGACGCGGCCAAACCAUUCGUUGUGUAUUGUGACGCGUCUCAUCAGGGUUUGGGUUGUGUACUCAUGCAAGAGAAACGGGUGGUUGCGUACGCUUCUCGGCAACUGAAGAUUCACGAGAAGAAUUAUCCAACUCACGACCUGGAAUUAGCAGCAGUCGUCUUUGCUUUGAAGAUCUGGAGACACUACUUGUAUGGUUCAACGUUCCAAAAGGAGCUGAAUAUGAGACAGAGACGUUGGCUGGAGUUCUUGAAGGACUACGACUUUGAACUACUCUACCAUCCGGGAAAAGCAAAUGUGGUAGCAGAUGCCUUAAGCAGAAAGGUAGUUCACGUCUCCUCCAUGAUGGUCCGAGAGUUAAGUUUGGUAGAAAGCUUUAGAGAUCUAAGGUUACAGUUCGACUUGGAACCGAAUGUUAUUAAAUGCUGUACUUGUAGAAUCUCCAGUGAUGUAUUCGACCGAAUCAGAGUGAAGCAGCGAGAGGAUGAAGAGUUGGUGAAGAUUUUGAGCGUACUCGGUACAGAUCAAGCAAAACAUUUUAACACUGGAACUGAUGGUCUUCUACGCUACAUGGAUAGAACGUGCAUUCCGAAUGAUGGCGAGUUGAAAAGAAUCAUUCUUGAGGAAGGACAUCACAGUCGUCUUAGCAUACACCCUGCCAAGGCUGAACAUCAGAGGCCUGGCGGUCUACUUCAGCAGUUAGAGAUUCCAGAAUGGAAGUGGGACAGCAUUGCGAUGGAUUUCGUAACUCACUUACCUCGCACGGUCAGGAAUCAUGAUUCUGUAUGGGUAAUUGUGGAUCGACUGACGAAGAGUGCUCAUUUCCUAGCAGUCAACCUGAAGAUGUCUAUGACGAACCUGGCUAAGCUUUAUAUCCAAGAAAUUGUUCGCCUGCAUGGAGUUCCAUCCAGCAUUGUUUCAGACCGAGACACGAGGUUUACUUCUCGGUUCUGGCGAUCAUUACAAAGUGAGCUCGGUAGUAAACUUCAAAUGAGUUCGGCCUAUCAUCCUCAGACAGACGGUUAG